AUACCGGCGGUGGUGGCGAUACGUAAGUCAAAGUCGCCUUGUAUUUCCUCCCACACACUCAACCGGUUCUCUUGUUACAUAUGAACCUGCAGUUAGAUGCUCUUCUAGCAUAAGCACAACCAGUUUUCACCAAUAAUAACAUUUUAUUUAUCGCAUUUGACUGUUGUUUUUCUAUACCAAACUGAGAGUUCGUUAUGUCUUCAGAAAUCACAUGUGAAAUGCGAGACCGUGCUUAUCGAAUAUGUCGGGAUUAUCUGCACGGAGCCUGGAAGAUGAUCAGCCCGGGAGAGAUGAUCGUCAAGAGGAUCAGUGGGGGUCUGUCCAACAUGCUGUACUACUGUGCGCUGCCUGUCUCACAGACGUCCAAGGCUGCGGAGCCCUCAGAGGUCCUUCUUAGAAUAUAUGGACAGGUUCACGGUGAGGACGCGCUGGAGAGUGUUCUGGCUGAGAGUGUGAUCUUUGCGUUGCUGUCUGAGAGACGCUUGGGACCUCGCCUGUACGGUGUGUUCCCUGGUGGUAGACUGGAACAGUUCAUCCCGGCUCGGUCACUGUUUACAAGUGAGCUAGCGGAUCCAGAGCUGUCAGCCAUCAUAGCCACCAAGAUGGCAAACAUACAUUCACUCAACGUGCCAAUCAGCAAGGAACCUACCUGGAUCUGGAACACCAUGGGCAAAUGGCUGAAAUCCGGUCAGGAAUAUCUUUGCAAAAAAACCAAAAUUGAUGGAGUUGAAAACAGUACACUUGAAAGAUUAAAGAAGAUUAAUUACCAUAAUGAGAUGGAUUACUUGAAGCAAGUGGUGGCCAAGGUUCAGUCUCCUGUUGUGUUUGCUCAUAAUGACAUGCAAGAGGGCAACAUUCUUCUCAAAACUCACACCAAGUCCCAGGAAGACCGUAUAUGUCUCAUUGAUUUUGAGUAUUGCUCGUAUAACUACCGAGGGUUUGAUCUGGCGAAUCAUUUCUGUGAAUGGAUGUAUAAUUAUAAGGUUGCCGACCAUCCAUAUUUUACUGUGGAAAAAGAGAACUUCCCAGAAAAAGAUAAGCAGCUUCACUUCAUCCGUACUUACCUAGCAGCUUAUGAAGCUUUACGAAGAGGAAAGUGCUCCAUCACCACCAAUAAGUCUGCAGACGACGCAUUACCUUGUAAUCGCUGUUUUAAUCCAAAAACAUGGAUCACUGGGUUGAAGGUGUCACAAGUGGUGGGCAGCUUUAUUUCACCACCCUGCCAUCCAGUAGAGGACAAACUCCUACAAGAGGUUCAAGUGUUUAUGUUGGCAUCCCAUCUGUUUUGGGCCUUGUGGUCUAUUGUGCAAAGCCAGGUCUCCAGUAUUCCAUUUGGUUAUAUGGAAUAUGCUGCAGUGAGGAUGGAUCAUUAUUUUGAAGACAAAGCAAAACUUAAAGUGGAUUAUAUCAAUAAACGCAAGUCUGAUGCGAUUACAGAGGAAAUAGAAUACUGAAGACAAGAAUUGUGUUGCUGACCAGACAUUGAGUAGUUUAACUUCAGGUUACAGUACACUCUUGUGAAUACGUUUUUAAAUGCCAGUGCCGGUACAGUAUUAAAUUUAUUCGACUAUGAUAGGGUUGGUGCUACAACUCCUUACCAUAAAUCUGUAAUACGGUAUGUAAAAUGGUAUUAAAUUUUAGCUCUGACAAAGAAGCAAGUGUCUUUUGGAGGAGAUUUGAGUGAUUGAAUUUCUAAACUGUUUAUAUGAAGACAGGUAUUGUGAUGUACUUUUAAGUGCCUGUUCAGUAGGCAUAUGUUCACAUUUCUUCUCACAGUUACCUCAUGCACCAUGAUUAAUGUCUUCAUAUUUACAGUUUUUCAGCUUUUAUUAAUUUGCUGCUUGUGCUACUUUUAUAUCCUGUAAAUAUUUCAAACAAAUUAAUAAAAUGUGAAAAAAUACUUAGAGGUGGUUGCACAUGUAUGAAGCAGAUAAGAUUGGUAUGUAGUUUUGGCUGAAUGAGGAUAUUUUUGUAAGGUGAUGUUUUCAUUAGCAAGAGUGGUAAUGGAAAUUUUUGCAUUAGUCUUGAAGAGAAAAGUGGCAGAAAUUGAACAUGUUGACAAUCUAGUGUGAGGUUAAGUCAGAUUGGUGCUGUGAUGUUCACUCAUGCUGUGAUGUAAUAUACUGUACUUACGAUUAUGCUUUUAUGGUGUUAAGAUCAUGUCAUAUCUCAUUUCUCUCAUAGUAUAUACAUUUUGGGGUGAUUUGUGUAAGAUACACUGUUUGUACAUGUGCCAUAAUUACAACCAGUAUCAUUCAUCUUCCUCAUUCAUUGUAAAUGGGACCCAUUAAUGUGCUAGAGAUGUAGAAUAUAGAUGUAUGUCUCAGUUACAGACAGGAGGCAUAUACUGCUCAAAUAGUCUGUAAAUCUAAGGGUACAUUGAAUUUCUCUUUCUCUCUGCAUACUGGAGAUAACUCUUAGGAGUUUCAGCGCCAUAGUUUAGUCAGGUAUUAUGAUGAAUUGUUUUAUGUGUAUAUUUAUUAUUAUUUUUUGGCAAAAUAUCAAACAGUUAUACACAUGUUUUGUGUAUCACAGGGUUAGGAGUAGUCCCUAACUGCAUUUCAUUGGAUUAAAACACAGUUUUUAUGGUGUUUGUUGAGUUUAGAUAUUAGUAUGUAUUUAUUUAAUGAAAGCAAUAAACAUGUUGCAUACAUUAUAGAUAAUUCACUUAGUUACAACUACUGGCAGGCAAAUUUUGUUAACAUUAAAAAUUAAAAUAACAUUAAAAUUAAAAUACUUGCACUAAUUUCUUCUUUACUGCACAUUCUUUAGAUACCUAAUAUCUGGCAGACAAUAGAAGCAGUGACAAAAAAUUACCAGUCUACAAUUAUGCAUGUUGAUAAAAGUUUGAAUUGGAACAAGAUUGUUGCUCAGGUGGUAGGAUCUGCUGAUGAUGACCCAAGUGCACUAUUACCCUUGUGUCAGAAAAUCAGUUUAGCUGGUUUUGUAUUGACUUGUAUCAGGUAGUAUGAAGACUUUAUAAGAAAAACUUUUAAAGAGAAGGAUUUUUGGAUGUGGAUGCAUAGGAAAGGUAUCAAGAUGUGGUGUGAAUGGCAUGCAGAGAAUCAAGAAAUUAUGAGAUGGUAUUACAUUAAAUGAGUACUGUAAUGUCAGUGUUGGAAGAAGUGGUUGCAAUGGUUGUGGUCAUUCAGAAGGGGGGAGACAAUAUAGGUUGAUUAAGAUAUAAAUCUGUGAUGGAUUCAGGUGCAGAGAAAAUCUGAGGAAAGGUUGUAAGGAGGGUGUUUUGGGAAGCAGGUACUUGAACAUGUAGUAGUCACAUGUAUGUUUGCUAGACUGUGAGGAGUGGACCAGAAUAGUUUUUCAGGACUUUGUGUGCAGUUGGUGAGUAAUUUUAGAAUAUCCGUGAAAGAAUUUAGAGAAACUGGAUAGCCAGACUUUAAUAUUAGAAGUGGGAUGUAUAGUACCUGGAACUUUGAAAAUCAGGUGAGGAUGUUGAAGUUUGUUGGUCUAUCACUGGACCAUGAUGUUAGUAGUUUUUUGGAAAGGCAGUUAAAGAGCAUGUGAUAGUGAAUUUGUUUCCUUUUCUGGGUCAUUCUGUCUUGGUGAGAAAUUGACAAUGUGUUAAAAAAUCAAUACUUACUAGAUACGAGUAUCCCUACCUACCACUGAUGCAUAUAGCCUGCCAGAUACUAGAACUGUGUCCUCGUGUUAUUUUUGUACCAUACUCUCCCUAAAUUUUUUAUAGCAUUUUGGACACUUACAGAUUUAGAAAUUAUUGUCCUAUAAGUACACAUUCACAGUAUUUCUUUAUACAGUAAUAUUUUUUGAGAUUCCAGUAAUAGCUCUUGUAUAUAUCUACAUCAUACUUUGACAAUGGUGACAUCUGAAGGAUACCAUUUCCAGAAGAGAGACUGGGUCUUCCCAUCUAAUGUUCUAAAUUUUGUUACAGGAUACUGAUGUUAUUUUGUGAGGACUUAACCAGAGCUGUACAUACAAGCUUAAUAGAUAUUAAGUUAAAUGUAUAUAUUUAGAGGCUGCUGUAUUUUAGUUUGGCAUUUUAAGUAUUAAUACAAGCCAAGUCAGUAAUGCCAAGCUAUAUGUAAGUAACUUAUAAUGGUGUUUAUGUAAUGUAAUUACAGUAUUUUUUUAUCAAAGCUUAGCUUUUUUGUGAUGCUUGUUAUUUGGUGGACAUAGUUACAAUUUUCUUAGCGUAUUUACGUAAUUUGCACUAACUGUAGUUAUUCAUUUUGUUUAUAUUUAUCAAAAAAAAUUAUAAAAGAAAAAAGUGAAUAAAUGUGUGGUAUUAUUUUUUAAGAAUAUUUUAAUGACAGUGUGGAUGCUAGAGUAAUGUAAUAACUUGGAUUGAUGUGGCAUUCCAUCAAAGAUUUUACCCGAUAAUGUAUUUCAUAUUGCAUUUACCGUACUUUCAGUUCUUAUCAUUAUAUACCCAUACUGUAUUGUAGACUGAUUUUAAAUAUGGGAAAUAGGUUGUUUUCUUGAUAUUGUAUGCAAAGAGGCCAGUCAUACAUUUAUUAGUCUCUAUAAUGAAUAUCUUUGAAUUAUUAUUUUUGGGCAUUUCUGCAUUACUGAAAUAAUACUCAAAAUUUUGAAAGGAUGAGUCAGUGUUUCUUAUUACUGUAUUUUGCAGCAUAUAGGUCACACCCUAAAUUUAACAUGAAAUAUGUUAGAAAAGUAAAAUAGAGGAAAAUUUUCUAGAGACAAUGAACAGCUGAAGGCUGUGAUGGUUCCCGCAUUUUGAUUGUGACACGUUUACUCUCAGAUGGUAUUUACAAUACUACUUUAAUAUUUGCUAAUUUUUUUUUUUUGUGUUUUUACAUUUCAUUGUACUGCAUAUUUUAUAUUACCAGUAAUACUGUACUUCCCUUAUAUUUUAUCAAUAUAAUCAUGCUGGCUGUGCUUCCACUGCAAGUGUCUGCAGUGAACGCUAGCUAACACUAUAUGUUUCUCUGCUUACAAUGGUUCGACUUACGGUACUUCGAAUUUAUGAUGCUGCAAAAGCAGUUACUUUGGAGAUGAGACUUGAGAUGAUUGCCUAGCAUGAAAGCAGCAAGCCCUUGACAUGUAUUCUAUUAUUUACUUUUCAAUACUGGUACAGUGGUACCCCGAGUUUCAUACAGCUCCCAAGUCAAACAGUUAUGUAAGUGUAUUAUCGUAAGUGUAUUUUUCGGGGUCUGAUAUGGACUAAACUAAUUUACGUUUUUCCUUAUGGGAACAAAUUCAUUCGGUAACGGCACUCAAGCAGCCUUCUGGAACGAAUUAUGGCUGAAACUCGGGGUACCACUGUAUUUAGUUAGUUACAGUAAUUAUUUGUUUAUUUACUUUUUCAGUGACAGUAGUUAUUUAUUUACUUAUUUAUUUAGCAUAUUAUAUUCAUAUUCGACUUGAUAUUUUUGACUUAAGAUGGAUUUGUUGGAACGUAACCCCAUUGUAAGCCAAGGAGCACCCGUAGUAUCUCGACUCUGUGCUAUGACUGUGGCUCCAUCUUUAUGAUUCAUUAUUACCAUUUUUUGUUUUUUGUACUGAUAUUUACCUUGCACCUUUUUUUUAUACUUCUUUCGGCAAACUGACCAUAUCCCACCAAGGCAGGGUGCCCCAGAAAGAAAAAAUGAAAGUUUCUCUUUUUAAAUUUAGUAAUGUAUACAGGAGAAGGGGUUACUAGCCCCUUGCCUCUGGCAUAUUAGCCGCUUCUUAUGACAUGCAUGGCUUAUGGAGGAAGAAUUCUGUUCCGCUUAUAUUCACUUUAAUUUUGGGUGAACAGUUACAGUAUACCACUAUGCUACACCAAGGAGGUUUGUGUUCAAACUGAUGAAGUCAGUUGCUGUCACUGUGGCUCACUGCUGCGUGUGGAUGUGGUUUGUCAUCAUCAGACUCACUCUCUCCAGUGUAACCAAUGGACACACUAAGUUUUCCAUUGUUUGCUAAGAAUUGGACAAUAACUGAAUCAUUGCAUGUUUCAGUGAAGGUUUGUUUUACUUUAUAAGGCACUGUUACAUGUUGAUAUAAGAGUUAUGACUGGUAUUGGUGUAAAUACAGAGGUAUUGAUGUAAAUACGGCAUCUAUGACCACGACUAAUAAAUGCUGUGCCUGACCACCAACCACUGCUGGUAGUCUGAAGAAUUACCACAAAAUGGAAUUACUUGUAAAUCCAAAGCUUGACCUCAAGCCUGACCUUCGCUGUGUAAGAUGCAGGGUGGUUUUGAGGGUUAAAUUUUAAAAAAAAAAAAAAAAGAAAAAAAAAGUGCAUCUUAUAUACUGCAAAAUACAGUAUACAUUUGAAAAACAGUAUAUUGAAUAUUGCAGCAACUACCAAUAUCAGUUAUAAUGUGAAGUUCCAUAAUUUUACAGUAAUAGAAUAUACUGAUAAAGAUGUCAGGUAACUGGCUGUAAUAUUAAUAGCUUAAAUAGGUGGCUAUUCUAGGGUAGGCCUACAAGGUCAUACACUUCUGACAACUAACUUCUAGUAGAACUUUGAAAACUAGGCUGAUGAUAACCCUCAUAAAUGAAUAUGAGAAAUAUCAACUUGACCCUUAUAGGUUAUGAUCAGCACCUUAUGUUGAGGACCUGAAUUCUUUCAGACUUGGUUGUAUAUUGAACAUCUUUUGUCAAUAUAAGUUUUUCUUUGCAAGACUUAAUUUUUUUAGGAAAACAUUCCACCCAAAAUAACUGCUAGCAAACCAUAAUUUCUUCAUGUAUGAUCAAAAUUAUUUCUUUAUAAUAGUAAGAUGUAAUUUUUUUAUAAGAUUCUGUAAUUAGCAAUAGGAUUACUGCAGCUAGAAGCUAAAUUCAGUUCAGUGGCAAACAUUAAAUUUCAUGUAAAAUGUGACUGAAGUUGCAACUUAGAAGACUAAGUUCAUUUGUUCAAUCACGCAUGGCUGGAGGGAUGUUUUUGUCUCUGGUUAGCAUAGAACUUGUCUUUCAGGACUCUUUAUUAAAAUAACUUUUCUCACCUAGUGGUUUGCUAGGUAAUGAAACUGAGAGUCAGUAUGAAGAAGGACAGUGUUUUAGUUCAGUCAGUUUCUGUUGAUCAUGUGUGUGUAUUAUUGAACAGCUUAAGAUGCAUAAAAUUUUUCUGUAUAUGAGACUGAUCAGCACAUUAUUCAGCUACCUAAAUGUAGUUAGCAAAGUCAGUAAUACAGAACUUCAUAUACAGUGCAUUUAAUUUUUCAUUAAUUUAUUCCAGGCAUACAGUGCGUGCAAAAACAAUUUUGACUUCCCCUUUAUUAUUACAAAAAUUAUUGAAAAGCAACAAUAUAAACAUUAUAGAACAAAAACUGUAAUACUUGGUACUUACAUUAAUAAUUUGUUUUCUUUCUCCUGCCCUUGACCAUUUGAAGUUGCUUGGGCUUGCUUUCACUCAGAUUCCUGAAGUAAUCAGUGGGUACCUGGUUGACCCAGAUGUCCUUGAUCUACUACUGCUGCUGGCACAACAUGGAUGGAAUUUGGCAAGAUUCCAUCUUCUUUUUAAUGAUAUUUCAGGCAUUCUCAGUAGUGCUGAGGUCUGGCCUAUUCCCUGGCCACUGUAAAACCUCAGCAUUUUUUCUCAGCAAGCCAAUUGAUUACUUCUUUGUGACAGGGCACUAUUAUGCAUAAAGGUGGUGCAGCCGUGAAUUUUGAAAAUAUUCAGUAGGUGGUCAUCGAGAAUGGUGAUGUAGCAGUCGGUAUUCAGUGUAGCAUUUUGGGGAAGGAAGUACAAACCCCCAUGACCAAAUAAAUUGCUAAAACAACCUCAAACCAUGAAAGAUUGUGGGUGCUUUAUGGUGCUCACUGUAUAUGCAGGGUCAUACUUAACAUACAUCAAUUAUGACCCUGCAUAGACAGUAAGCACCACAAAGCACCCACAAUUCGUCAUGGCCUGGAGUUGCAUUAGUGGUUUACUUGGUUGUGGGGGUUAAUACUUCCUUCCACAAAGUGUUAACAAUGAAUGCCGACCGCUACAUCACUGUUCUUGGGGAUCACCUACUGGAUAUUGAAAUGGCAACACCACCUCUAUUAUUGCAUGAUAGUGCCCCCUCUCAAAAGGCCAAAAAAAAAAAAAAUGAACCAAGUGGCUUGCAGAGAAAAAUAAUGAGGUUUUACAGUAGAUGGGGAAUAGUCCAAACCUCAGUAUUGAGAACGCCUGGAAUAUCAUGAAAAAGAAGAUGGGAUCCUGCCACUUAUCAUCCAUGUUGUGCCUGUAAUAAGAUAUCAAGGACAUUUUGGUCAACCAGUUAUGCAUUGAUUUCUUCAAGAAUCUGAGUGAAAGUAUGUCAAAUGACUUCAAAUAGUCAUCAAGGCCUAGCGAAAGGUAACAAAUAUUAAUGUAAAUGCCAAGUAUUGCAGUUUUUGUUCUAUAAGGUGAAUGCUGCUGCAUUAUAAUGAUUUUCAUAAUAAUACAGGGUAGGUUCGAAUUACAUUUGCAUGUACUGUAUAUGCAUUGAGUAGCAUGUCUGGAUAGCAGUUACAAUUACUUGAAUGUCAGCUUCAGUACUGAAAGCAGGACACUAUGAGCUUAACUGCUAUUAUAGCUACAGCUAGGUAAAUACCAAUAGGUAAUUACAUAAUAAUAAAAGCUGCUAAUAAAUGAAAAUUAAUUUCUGAACAUCAAAUGCCCACUAAAUUUUGCUUCACCUGAGCUUUUACAGCAAAAUUUUUGCUAUGAAACUUGAGGUGAGCAGGUGCUAGUAGGCUGUGUACAUAAGUGUUUUGAGAAAAUAAUUUUUUAAUUGCCUAGUGUUAAUUCUCCAAAUAUAAUACCAAGUGGAGUCAAUUUAUAUGCCUAGUUUUAGAAAAUAGCUUGAAAUGAAGCUAAUCUAUUUUUCUUCAUUGACUUCCCAUUAUCUAAUGGCAAAAUAUUUUCAUAAAUUAAGUAAAAUUUUUACACAAUUUCUCAAAGAAAUGGGCUUCAUGUGUGUAUGUGUAUGUGUGUGUGUGUGUGUGUUGUUUUAUAUUGAAAAAACUUAAUUUACAGUACUCUACAUGUAAAAAGGUUUUUUGAACUAUUAAAAUGCUGUUGCCUUAAAUGUCAAAGCAAUAUUAAUUGUGCGACGUUCUUAAUACGUAUUUGUACAGUACUUGCCUCCCUGGCUUUGCAUAAAAGAUGUGUUCCAUACGAAAGUUGCACAAAACAAAUCCAAUCAGAGCAAAUACAUAGUAAUAUUGGAUGUGCAUUCCAUAUUCUCUUCCCAGAUCUAAUAUUCAUUUCUCUCUACAAACGUACUGUUUGAACUGUUUUAAAUCUCAAAACCUUACAGGGAAUAAUAUUUAGUUCAUAUAAUAUGUAUAGAGUAAAUACAAAAAUUCCUUUUUAAGGUUUGAUACAUUGUAAUGGGUUUCAUAAUAUAAUAGAGGCACCCCUCGCUUUGAUAAAUGUAUUCCAGGUUCACUGUGCAUAUUCUGAAAUCACAUAAAAUAGCUCAGUAGUGUGCAAUACAUAGUGAUACUUUUUGAGACCUUAACUGUAUUGCCCCGCACCCAUUUCUGAUUCAAUUUGAGGAAAGUAUUGUAUAUUUUAACAAAUGAUGUGUUUUAUUUGAAAUAAUACUGACCAACAACAGCAGGCACACAAUUAUAAUUAGAUGUCGUGGUGGAUGGUAAUGGUGAGUUUCUAGUUGGUGUGUAUAGAGGGUGGUGCAUGGUUGUCUAGAUCAAACAUAACAUUACUAGGACUAGUAAGGGUGAUAUCCAAAGAAGCACAGGCAAGGAGCUGUCAUCAUCAGACAUCAAUGUUAAAAGCCAGUUAGAGUAGGGGUGAGCGAGGGAGAUUUUAAAAAUUGCAACAUGGAGGACUACUUAUUUACUGCUUCUGGGCAGGCACCUCCUUGUUGUUAGUACAGAACAGCUAUUGCUUAUAUGACAGACUUCAUGCUUGUCUCCAGGUUAGGAUUAUUGUCCAUGUCAGAGUGGGCAAGUCUGUUUUUGCAAACAAAUCUGACUGCUGCCCUCAGUCAGAUCCUUCAUAUUAAGAACCACUUCAAUCCUCCUCCUCUUUCUCUUCCUGAUAAGCAGCUGUAAUAAUUUCAAUAAAGCCAUUUCUCAAUUAUGGGAAUCAAACUCCAAAGAGGAUUCCUCCUCAAGGUCUGAAAAUUUUUUUUAUAAUUUCUGAACUACACUGAUCAGAUAGUGAAUUUAUAUUGUACACAACAAUUUAGUAGGAAUGAUGUCAUCUCAAAAAAGCGAAUUCACAUGCAGUGAACCCACAUGAAGUUAGACAUUGCUGUAAAUCAAAUUAAAUUAUUAAUUAUACAAUAAUUAUAGGCAUAAGAGUGUAUACAUAACAGUAUUUUACAAAACCUAUAUUAUGCUCAGCAUUUUGGGCAAAAGUAUUGAAAGCUAUUCAUGACAGAAAUAGUUGUUUAAAUGCUUUCUGUCAAAAGCAGUUGUUGGAAUGCCUACCUGGAUAUAAAGACAAGGUCUGACUGAUUUGUUGACAUUCCAAUGUUCUCUAGCAGUGCACUGCAUCAUGCUGGACCACAUAUUGUACGUGCAGUAUAUAGUAUAUUUUAUUUUUAAUAAUGGAUAUUCUUUACUAAUACUUUGCAUAUUCCAAAAUGGAAAGUUGAUAGAAAACACCCAUUUUGUGAGAGCUUAAAUUUUAUACUGAAUAGGCAAUAUCCACUGAAUGCCUACUUUCUCACCAUUUCCCCAUUGCAUUUUUUGGCAGUGUAAUUGGUCCACUCUAUCUAGCAAGUUUACUCCCACUGAACAUCUUGUCCAGCUUUGGGGUUUGCACAAAUGACAUGAAUCAUAGCACUGUAUCAUCAUUUGUAAAUGAUACUAGAAUUUGUGAGAGUGGCAUCCAUUGAGGACAUAGCAGAUCUCCAUGCUGAUAUAAAACCAAGUCUUCCAGUGAUCCUCAGAAAAAAAAUGUUCACUAGGGACAAAUUUCAGUCAUGCUGCUAUCUAAAAUGGAGUAUAAAGCAGACUGCAGUUGCUUAACAGAACAUAUUUAGUGAUGCCAGAUUUCACAUCCAAGGAUCACAAUAGUGUUAUCACACCAAGGAGAGUGAUAGGCUAGAUAGCUAGAACCUCGAAAACAAGAGAUGCCAAGCCAGUGAAAAUAGUGUAAGUCAUUUGUUCUCUGUAGAUGUAAUCUUUCUGUAUGCUAAUAGCUCUCUUUAAGGUGAACAAAAUUAUUUUGCAGAUCAGGAGAAUCUAUAGAGAACCAUCUCUGCAUGUAUAAAUAAGCAAUAAAUUACUGGUAAUGCUCUAAGUCUCUUGAACUACACUCCUUGGAGACUUAUUGUCAGAUUGAUCCCAAAUCUGCAAACUGCAGUCAUUUGCAAAAGCAAUAGGCUUGGCAGACAAUACCAAAUACACCCCUUGAUGAGCAGGGGUACACUGAUUACACUCAAAAAUCAUAUGUAAAGGCACCAAAACUUCAAAGCCUUCCUUUUAUGCAUAAAGGAACUUAUCAACAGACACCUAACUGCUUUCAAAAGGGAACUUCAUAAAGUUUCUUAAGUUGGUUCCUGAUCAACUAGGCUGUGGUGCAUCCAUUGGACUGUGUGGCUAGCACCUACAGCCUGGUUUUAGUCUGCCUGAAAUGCUUUGCCUCAUCAGGGGCUUUUCAAAAUUUAUGAAAUAAAAGUUGCCUAAUUUUGUAACUGUAGAUGUAAUUGUGGUGUUAUGUCAUUCAUACCAUAUUAUUUGGGUUGGAAAAUUGAAGUAAAUAUGUAGUUCUUAUGAGUGUGACUCUCCAAGGCAAAUGGUCCCAACAAAUAUGAAAAAAAAAAAAAGUUUUUGGAGAGCUAAUCUUUAUUUUGACAAAGUUUUGUUUAGUGAUGAACCUUAUUAAGUCAUGACAAUAGAGCUUGUUCUGCAUUAUCUUUUACAGAUUUUCUGUAAUUGAUUCUUUAUGGUAAUAAAGUAAUAUUCUGCUUUGGUUUUUGGUCUUUGAAAAAAUGUGUGAAGAGUUACUAGUUCAUAUAAGUGAAUAAAAGUGAUAAUACAUUAAAUUAGUUUAAAUUGUAAUUACAGAGAAGCACUAAAUCAGUAGGGGUUAUACAGUACUUGAAGAGCGGGAGGCAGUAAGGUUUGAUCAAAGAUCAAGAGCCCUUUCCUAGCAUCAAGGCAUCCAUCUUCAAAGGUAAUGUUUAAAAUUCAUGAAGUAAAACUUGUUCAGGAAAACAUGAUUAAAGUGGCUAUCCUGCCUUUCAGUAAUAUUACUCCACAUCAUUUGCACUCCAUGUUAACCUUUAUGAAUAUUUUUAUUCAUAUCUCAUCAUCCCUCGGUGCCUGCCUACAUGUGCGCGCACCUCAAUGUAAUUGCACAGGUCAAAUUUUAACUUCUGGUCCUGGUUCUCAACUUGCCACUUGCCAGAUUCACUCCUAGCUUUGUAGGCCCUAUUAUACCUAUUCUUAAAACUAUGUAUAGAGUUUACCUCUUCUUCAUCACAGCCAUUCCACUUGCAACUUCCCUGAGACUGAAGAAAACUUCUUAACAUCUUUGUGACUUGUCUGAAUCUUAGCUUCCAGCUGUACCCCUGAGUGCCUGUUUUGCCACCUCUCAAUAGCCUGUCUCUGUCUGCCUUAUUAAUUCCCCUGAGUAUCUUGUAUGUUGUUAUCACAUCUUUCCUGGCCCAUCUGUCCUCCAGGGUUGUUAGAUUCAGUUUUUUUUUUAGCUCUGGAAUUAGUCUCAUUGCAUACUUCUGCACUUUCUCCAGUUUCUUAACAUGUUCCCUCAGGUGUGGGUUCUAUGCUGGUGCUGCAUCCUCCAAGAUGGCCCAAAUGCAUGUUGUAUAAAGCACCCUGAAUGACUCUGUUGAGAUUCCUGAAGGCUACUUUCUGAUUUGCAAGGCAACAUUUGGCUACUGAGAUUAUUUGGUUGAUUGUGUGUACUUGGUGAUUUGUUUGCAGGGAUUGAUAAUCAAGUCCUGGUCCUGCCUCCUAGAUUACUUUAAACAACAUAAUAGAUUUCUGGCCUCAUCAUAUCUACUCUUGAAACUGUGUACUAAGUUUGCCUCUGUCACUGCCUCAUCCAAAUCAUUCCACUUUUCAACCAACCAGAGACUGAAAAUGCUUCCUUAUAUCCAUGUCCUAUUUAUCCUGGUCCUUUGAAUUCAGUUUGUCCCUACCAAUUGUAUCAAUUAUUGUUAAUUUUUAUAUCAUCAUGUCUUCCCUUGUCCUAUCUGCCAAGAUUAUCAGGUUCAGUUCCUUCAACCUCUCCUCUAGUGUAUGACAGUUCUGGCACUAGUGUGUGUGAAUGAGUAAGUGUCAGUGUGUGUGUCUGUAUGUCACUGACUCGUUUAGUGGAUAUUCAUAUUAAACUUAAUUAAGUUGGUUUUAUCAGCCAUGAAUUUUCCAGUGUUAAGAGUAUGCUUAAUAACCAUUUAAAUAUCUUAAUAUUUAUUAAUGUAAGACUGAGACUUUCGUGAACAAUAGGCUCAGUUCAUCGAACAAGAGGAACCAUCCUAAAAAUGGAUCAUAUGCUAUACAAAAAUUCUUAUGCAGGUGUAUAUUGUGUAUUUUAUUGCCUAGCCAUGCUAAAAUUAAUAUAAUAUAAUUUAGCUUAAUCCUGUCAAACCAAUCUUAGGUCAUCCCAGACUUAGGAUUUUUUAAUAUCAGUGAAAUAUAUUAAGUAAUUUACUAAUUUUCAGCUAUUGCAACAAGGAAUGUACAGCUGGUAAUAGGAUUGCUGCUUUGUAAGCUAAGAUUGCUGGAUCUCCCUAAUGAUAAUAUAAAUAUGAAAUAUGCCCUAGACCAAUGUGGGUCACACAAUACUGUAAGCAGUGUGCAAGGAUAAUGGUUUGUGAAAGUGGAAGUAUUGGUUAAUGGGGUAGGAGUUAGUGAGGAUGUAAAAUCUUGUUUAAAGCUGGUUCAGUAAGUUGGAUUCAGUCAAAAAGGCAAACAGUAAGUCUGUUAAUGAGACUUUCAGUGAGGUCAGAGUGAGACUGAUAACUAGGACAGUCUAUUACUAUGUAGGUAACUGUAAAGGCUACUUGGCAAGUCUUUGCAGAGAAAUGUGUGGCACCUCUCUAUAUGUUAUCUGUACCCAGUGUGCUGCAGAUAAGGAAGUGUAGUUUCCCACAUUUUACAGCAAGGGAAAGAUGAUGCCUAGAAGCCUAAUAGCUUGAUGGAAAACAAUUUAUUUUCCUUGACUUAGUCCAACACUGUUGCCAACAGUGUUAGAAUCUCUAGAACUAUCCUGGAAACUAGUCCAAAGAAAGGGACUCCUGUGGGAAAUCAGUAGGUUCUGAUGCCAGACAAAGUAGCUGAAUAUGGGUGCUCAUUACCUCUAACAUCAUUGUGUCCAGGGACUAAGGAAGAAAAUACUUUGUGCUUGCUUGAAAUUUGGCAUAACCAUUGUUGUAUACAUGUAUAGAGUAUGAUGCAAUGUGGAGUCUUAUUUUUAAAUAGCUUGAAGUGCACUUUGAGAGUCUGAAUGUAUGACAGCAACAACUAAAGGAUUAGCGUGACAUGAUUGCAAUAUGCUAAAUACUGAGAAGAGUUGUCAGAGUGGACAGGGUGAAUCUUGAGUACUUGAGGGCACAACCACCAGGCCACGGUACCCUGUGGCCUGGUGGUUAAAGCUCUCACUUCACAUGGCAAGGAUCUGGGUUCGAUUCUCAGCAAGGGUAGAAACAUUGGGCAUGUUUCCUUACACCGGUUGUUUAUGUUCCCCAUCAGUAAACUGGGUACUAGUGUGUUAGUUGACAGGUGUGGGUCGCAUCCUGGGACAAAACUGACCUAAUUUGCCCAAAAUGCUUUGCAUAACAAGCAGCUUUCUGUAUAGCAAUAUGUCAUUGAUUUCAAUUAGGCCUGUAUACCUUGUACAUGUACUUAUAGAAAUAAAGAUAGUAUUAAUAUUAUUAUUAUUAAGUGGAAGCCAAAAACACAGAUAUGUCACAGGGAUGUUAGGAAAUACUUCUCUUGGAUUGAGUGGUCAGAAAGUGGAAUGACCUACAUAAGAAAUGGUUGAGGCAGGAUUCAUACAUAGUUUUAGGAAUAUGUAUAAGGCUCACGUAGCCAGGAGAGUGAGCCAACCCAGUAGAGAGGCGAAACCAUGAGCUGAGACUUGACCCCUGCAACCACAAUUAGGCAUUUAAGCAAGUGAUAAGUGUGGCAUAUAACACUGCUGUAAGGUUGCUGGCAGACUAUAAGAUAAUCUUGAAUUGCUGAAUACAGAAACAUGGCUAAUACUGUACUAGUAACCAUCUGUUUACACUUCUGUGCCAUGAGAAUGCCAAUGAAGGUGUUCAAGGAAGAAAAAACAAGAGUGUGAUGUAGGUAUAUCAGACUUCAGGCAUGGGAGGGAAGAGGAACAAAUGAAAUUAGCUGGGACUUUCUAGAAAGGAAAAGGAUAUGAUUAAGGGUGAAUGUAAAGUUGGGGUAAGUUAAGAGAAACUGCUAAGUUUUGAACUCAAAAGAUAAAGAGCUGCAGGAAAUAGGGACAACAAUUAAAUAUAAUUAUCUAAUGUUCAUCAGUUGCCUUUAUGCAUGAUUGUGAAGGAUAUAGAGACAAAAUACCAGAGGAAUGAGGAUCAUGGUGAUCCUUCAGAUAUGAUGUUUGCUUCUGCAUAUAAGCUUUUGACCAAAGAAGGUCAAAAAGCUCCUACGCAGUUGUGUAAACCCUGGGGGUGAAUAACAUUGAACUUAUUGACUGCAGUUAGCCCUUAAACGGUCCAAACAGAUCGACGUUCAAAUUCGUAGUGCUGCAAAAGUAGAUCUACUUUAUUUUACAUAUUUUCAAAUAUAACAAAAAAAAAAAUGUAGAUAAAAGUUUUUUUUACACGUUUUCAAAUGUAAAACAAAAAAAAAAGAUCUACAUUUUUUUACAUACUUUCAGAUGUUGAGAAAACGUAUAUAUACGUUUGGACCAUUUAAGGGUUAGAGAGGCUGAGUAAUAUACAGUGGACCCCCGCAUAAUGAUUACCUCCGAAUGCGACCAAUUAUGUAAGUGUAUUUAUGUAAGUGCGUUUGUACAUGUGUGUUUGGGGGUCUGAAAUGGACUAAUCUACUUCACAAUAUUUCUUAUGGGAACAAAUUCGGUCAGUACUGGCACCUGAACAUACUUCUGGAGUGAAAAAAUAUCGUUAACCGGGGGUCCACUGUACUUGGUUUCCAGAGUCAACUUUGGAUAAAAUUAAGGGUGUAUGCUAGCUGAGGAAGAUCUGCCUAUCUGCUCCUAAAGUUGGGUGGGCUAAAAUUUUAAGGAGGCUCAGCCAAACAAGACAGAUGGAUAUUAGGAAUGUGAUAUGGAACUACCCCAUCUCUGCCUAAAAAGGAUGACUUGUACAUUAUUAGUAAUAUCUUAUGAUACAUGAGUUAUGUUUGAGGUGUUAACCAAUGACACUGAUGUUUUCCUAGCAUACUGUAUAUUUCCUUGAAGAGAGUUUCCUUGAUGCCAGUGAGGGUCUCUUAAUAUAAAGAACUGGGCCUGAUUUUCCCACUUCUUGGAUAAUUAAUAUACUGCAUACUAAAUAACCAUGAGUGGUGGAAAUGAAUCUACAGUAAAACUAGAGCACUGAAAAUGUGUGUGUGUAGUUUUCUGUAUGUAUAAUCAAGUGUUGGUCACAGGCUGAGACAGGCAUUAUUGUCUGCACUGGGAAUAUUGUACUUCAUUUGUUUCCUUACCAAGCUGUUUGUGGGACUUGAUUUUUUUUUACUUUUGAGAAUUUAAAGUUAUUUUAUUUUCAGCACUAUAGUUGUUACUCAGCAUGUUAAAUUCAUUAAUGUUUGUUAAGUCACUUGUCACAUUAUUUUAUCAGUCAUAUCCUUUACUUCAUAAGUAACAUCAUUAUUAUUAUUUGCCAAAGUGCUAUCAGUGGUGAUAACUCUAAGUGACCUAACUGCUCAUGUGUCAUCGUAAACAUUCAGAGGAUUACCAUUGACUUUGUUAAUAACAUUCACAUUGUUUCUUGAAAUAAAAAGAAAUAUUAUAAAA